AUGGCAGACGCAACCUACCAGAACAAAACUUACAACUACGACUACGACGAGGAAGGCGAUUCUCUGACGAGACGAGCAAUUCAACUCGCCCUCGCGCCGCUGCGCAUCCUGACCUCCCGCGCCGCCAUCAAGGUCUACCUCGCGGCCCUCCUCUUCUUGGCCACGUCGGCCGUCCUGCUCACCGUGUCCUCCUCGGCUUACGCGGUUUUCUACUACAAUUACAUCCCGCAGAUCAAUCUCGAAAGGCCGUUGUAUUUACAAUAUGACGCCGCAGCGCCCAAGGCAAGUCAUGUCGACCACGAACACCGCUCCGCUCACCCCCACGCCACCGUCGCGCUGGACACGGCCGCCCUGAUCGCCCACCAAGCGUACGAUAUAUCCGUAAUACUCGAGAUGCCUCGCUGCGCCACGAACUUGAAUGCCGGCAACUUCAUGCUCGAUCUGUCUCUUCUGGCAAGCGGCGAUCCGGACGCUGGAGCGCAUGCCACGCCGCCCGCCGAUACUUAUGACUCGGACAUCCUCCACCGCUCACGCAGACCCGCCAUCGUACCCUUCGCGAGCCCCCUCCCCGCGUUGGCCCGCACGCUGGUCCAGCUGCCGCUGCAUAUCCUCGGGCUGCGAGGCGACCCGGACCGCUCGACGCUUGUGGUGCCCAUGUUUGAGAUGCUCGUGUUUGACGGACGGCGGCCACGCGGGUCUGGCAGGUCAACAGGCAACAUCAUCCCCACACACGCGAAAGUGGAGGUGCAAUCAAGGGAACCCCUGCGUGUGUACUCCGCCAAGCUAGUCUUCCGGGCCCAGUUCCAGGGGUUGAGGUACUUUGUCUACAAUUACAGAGGCUUAAGCUUCGUGGUGUUUUCUGCGCUGUUCUACAUGGUGGCUGUCACGAGUCUGCUUUUGGGGUGGGCCCUCAUUGCGCAUUUCUGGGGGAAGGUCAAGAUCACCAGCAAAACAGACAGUAGUAAGACACGACUCGGCGGCGACGCCAAAAAGAUCAAGCAAGAGGGUGAGGCGGAACAAGGCCGCAUCAAGCCCGAAGAUGGCGGCGGCCGCGGCGGUGAUGCCAUCAAAAUCAAAACAGAAGAGGAAGAUCAAGAACCCCAUAGCGGAUUGUCCGUGUCAAACCUCUCAGACACGCCCGCGCAGUAUCCCACCAGACGGGGCCGACCGCCGUUGACGUAUCCCGGACGAGUAAGCUCAGACGCAGGCGCCGCGGAAGUGGCUGAAGAAGAAGCAGAACAAGCACAUCUCAGACGUCCAAUGGGCGUGGACGAGGCGGCUGAUGAUGAGGACGAGGGGGAAGGGGACCUGGGUGACGGUCGCGGAGAGGAAUACAGACUCGAACGCGAACGCGAACAAGAGAUCAGAGAAAGGGGCAGAGACGCGGACAGGGCUUUCGCCUUCGACUCCGGUAUCGGCACGAGUAUGGAAAGCGAGCAUGCAGGAUCGUCCGGGAGGGCAAUGACGCUCAGGAGACGGAGUUCCAAAGGAACAGGGACAGGCACCGGCAAGAGAUAG